AUGCUUGAAAUGAAAUAUGGUGAUAAUGGCGAUGCAUUAACGUUGGCAAACAAGAAUCGUGUGACAAGUAAAAAAAUCUUCGAGCAGUUACAACAGUCAACACGUUCAUUAGCUCAUAUUGCUCAAACUGAAGGCCACAUGUUACACAGACAACCUUCUGGUGCACAGAAAAGAAUACGGCAACGACAGGAGCAGAAAUGGUUAAAAGCUAUUUCGGCUAAUGUUAGCUCAUGCGAUGUGGAACGUAACCGUACACAACCAGGACCAGAAAAAAAUGCUUAUAGAUCUUUGAUUGAUUCCGGCAGUUACAAAUCAAUUUUACCAGAAGAACUGCCUUUUCCUGUUACUUCUCCUUCCGUCACUUCUUUAUCUAGGAAUACAUUUGUGCGCUCAGCAUCAAUAACUUCUAUGGGUAAAGCGACAUUUACGCCAGCUACAUUUCAAAAUAGCACCAGCAUUGCUUCAUCAACAAUUGCUGGUGGUAAACCAACGGUACAGGUCCAUCCAAUGCCAUCAAGCCUACCAGCCAGUAGCAUGGUUGCUACUGUGUUAACAUCAUCAGCAAACACCAAUACUAACACUGAUAUUACAUCGGAAAAAAUACGCGAGAAACCGGUGGUACCAAAAAAACCAGCGAAGUUAAUCCUAUCCGCUACAUCUGCCUCUGUCGAAGUUGCUUCAUUAACUCCACUUGGUGUGAGUACAUCGAGUUUAAAUCUUUUUUCACCGUCAACGCAGUCAUCACCAUCAACUAGCAAUAGCUUCCGUCUAUUUUCAACCCCAUCAUUCAUUUCUCUUCAUACUGCUCUGAUGCAGUCCAGUUUGACAGAUGAAGAAGUUGAACAACUGGAAACGAAGCGUAAGAAGCUUAUCGAAUCAAUUUCGCGCAAAAUUGUAAUAUUGGACGAGGAACGAAAUACAGUUGAUGAAGAUUUUAAUCUAAACGAAACUCUAAAAAACGAAAUAUUCAGUGAUUUAACACAAACUGGUGACUCAGCUAUUUUAGAAAAAAUUGAAAAGAACCUCGCACAAAAUUCACAGCUAUGCAGACUUGAAACAAGGUUACGGAUGCAGUUAGAUCGCUUACAUUCAAUUUCGAUGAGUAAUGAGAAUGUCGACAAAGAGCUUAUUAGUGCUCGUAUUGAGCGUCUGAAACGACAGCUAGAUGACCAGACAAUACUGAGAAAAGCUUUCGAUAGGCGUGAUGCUGAAGUUGAUAAAUAUAUCUUUUCAAGAUUAAACGAUGAACGAAGAUCACAGUGGAGGAUUUACAAGGAAACCUGGAAACGUCUAACAAUCGAACGACAAGAAAUUGAUGAGCGACUUUUUCUUGGACGUGAACAAAUCAGUGCCUUACGAAGUGUGCAGCCACAUAUUUAG